GGCUAAGAGGGGAGUUUGGCCUCCUGGUUUCCUAGGCUCCUUCCAAGGAUCUUGCUGUCCGGACUGGGUAUCCAAAUUGUCGUCUUCUUCCUGCCUGUUCCUUGUCUAGAAGCCCCACUGCUCAGCUGUGCCCCAUGGAUCUUGUAGCACCAUAGAGAGUAUGGGUAGAUAGUCUACCCAUUUCCACUAUAGCUACCACCUCGACACUCCCAAUUUAAGUAUAAAUCUCUACACAGAAGAAGAGUGCCCCAGGCUGAGAUUAAGGGGCAUUAUGAGACACAAAAUGUUACCAGAGAAAGGGAAGACAUCCAACACUGAUCUCCAGGGUCUGGAAGAACAGGGGAGACAUUCCAGAGAACAGCUGGAGGAAGAAGGAAGAGGAGGCCUUGAAGCCAUGGUGAUGUCUAAGGAUUCAGGAAGAGACUCUCCUGAGCGGAAAUCUGGGCAUGAAGAGGAUUUUAUCAAAGCGGAGAUCCCAAAGCAGGUGGAGAGUGAGCCAAGUGUGAAGAGGUUGAAACCUCUAGAUUCUCCUGAGAUCCUGAAAGACAUACAGUCCCCUAACCCUAGAUGGGGAACCCCACAAGCAUCUGAACUGUGGGAUAAAUCUAAGGGUGUCCCUCCCUCUUUGGAGGGAAUAUCUGAUGCCUAUCAGAGGUUUAGAGGGCUGGCAGAUCUCGGUGGAGAAACUCUCAAGGACUACAGACGAAUCAGGGCCAGGAACACAGAAGAUUAUAGGAAGGCGAGGGAAGAUAUCUCGCGGGAAGACUUGGUCACCAUGGAUGUGCAACGGACACUCUUCAGGGAGUUCCGUUACCAGGAGGCCGAGGGGCCCCGUGAGGUCUGCAGCCGCCUCUGGUACCUCUGCCACCGGUGGCUGAAGCCUGAGAGACAUACUAAAGAGCAGAUACUGGAGCUGGUGAUUCUGGAACAGUUCCUGGCCAUCCUGCCAUCAGAACUCCAGAGCUGGGUCAAGGCAGGCUGUCCCCAGACGUGUGACCAGGCGGUGGCCCUGGCAGAAGAUUUCCCACCUCAACGGCGGGAAGCUGGGCGGCCAGAGCAUGAGGGGCCGGCGCUGAUCCAAGAGAAGGCUUUGAAUUUCCCCACUGCCGAGUGCCCUCCGUCUGCCAGGGAAGAGAAGCAGCUUCGCAUCGAAGCCAAGCAGGAGGAUGAAAACGAAACUGGUUCAGAGGGUGAUGAGUGGAUGAUUGAGAACAGUGAGGCGAAUCCUGAGCUGGAAAACCCGAGGCCCAUGGAGUUGCGCGGGGCAACCUGGGGAAGCCCCACCUGGCACGAAGAGGACAGCGAAGCGGCUGCAGAUCAAGACAGCUCUGAGAGGGCUGGGGAAAACUGCCUGGAUCCCAAAGAGGUUAAAAUCUUCCCAUAUUUAGAAGACGAUGGGGAGCAGACCCAACCUGUGGUAGUCAAGAGAAGGCGAAGAAGCCGGGGGAAGAAGACCUGCGGCGUGUGUGGGAAAACCUUCAGUCGCAGCACGGUGCUGGCUGCGCAUCAGAGGACCCACACAGGAGAGAAACCCUUCAUGUGCCAGAGUUGUGGGAAAUGCUUCAGUUUCAAAUCUACCCUGGUGGCACAUGAAAGAACCCACACGGGGGAGAGACCUUACACGUGCGACCAGUGCGGGAAAAGCUUUACCGUGAGUUCAGUCCUCACGAGACACUACAGAGUCCAUGUGGAAAAGGAACUGUUCCACUGCUCAGAGUGUGACAAAACCUUCAGCCAGAAAUCCCAGCUCUUGAAUCACCAAAAAGUCCAUCUGCGGGAGAAACCGUACAAAUGUGCGCAGUGCGGGGAAGGCUUCAGCCGGAGCUCCAGCCUUAAGAAACACGAGGGCUCCCACACAGGGGAGAAGCCCUUCAAAUGCCCGGACUGUGAGAAAUCCUUCAACACCUCUUCCCAGCUGGUCAAGCAUCACCGUGUGCACACGGGAGAGAGGCCCUACACCUGCGCCGAGUGUGGGAAAAGCUUCAGCCAGUGGCAAAUCUUGAUGGUGCACCAAAGGACACACACAGGAGAGAAGCCGUUCAAAUGUGCGACAUGCGGGAAGUGCUUCUCUGACCGCGCCGUCCACAUUAGGCACCAGAAAGUCCACACGGGGGAGAGGCCACAUCAGUGCAUGACCUGCGAAAAAAGGUUCACUCACCGUACUGUCCUCGUGAAGCAUCAGAAAAUCCACGCGAGAGAAGCUCUAAACAUGCUUCGGCUGGAAGAGGAGCAGAAGCAGCAGCAGCAGCUGCCGCCGCCAAAGGAAGACCCAUUUGGCAACCCUCCCGUCCUUACGUCGGGAAUCAUGCGCACAGAGCGUGCCCGUUUUGCUGCUAUGCGGCUGGCAACCAGAACCGGCCACCCGCCCCCCUUCCCAAGGGGGAAGAAAAUUGCAAGCGCCUCUUUGCACCUCCGGAUUUGGGCCGCUGCUCGGGUCAGAUUGCGGACCGCCGGGCAGCUGUCGAGAGCCCGGGCGCCCUGCCAGGCCCCCAAAGCCAGCCCGCCCUCCGCAGCCGAAACGGACAGCGGCAGCUGCCGGAGCCCUCCGUCUCCCCGCUCGGCUGAAGGGCCUGGAAGGGUUAAACUGACAGAGGCUGGCUUCCCAGACCGGACCGGAGCGAGGCGUGCGCGCCAGUGUGGACGCUCCUUUCCUGUUCCUUUUCUUUUGUGGCUGGGCGCGGAGGCAGAGCCGCCCUUGGGCUCGCCGCUUCCCCGCGCUGCGCUUGCCCGGGAAAGCGGAGAGAGCACCCCCAACACUGAGAUAAAAACUGAAGGAAGAUCCAAAAUGGCAGCCGAGAAGGAGAAAACUCCAAGUGUUGGUCUGCAGCUCCAAGAAGGGAUAAAGGCCUUUCAGGAGCAAGGUCAAGGUGGGCUAGAACAUGGGGUGGCAUCUGAGGGAGCAGGAAGGGCCUCUCCUGAAUUCGGUGUGGAGAAUGAACAGGAGUUUGUGAAGAAGGAGGCCCCAGAGCAUGAGACAAGCCAACCAAGUAAGAGGCAGUUGAAAUCUUUGGAGCCACCUGAGUUCCUCAAACCAGUUCAGUUCCCUCACACAAGAUGGAAGAACCCACAGCAACCAGAACCUGCCCCUUGGGAUAAUACAAAGUCUUUUCUGGCCUCCUUUGAAGGAAUGGCCAAUGUUUAUUGGCGGUCCCGAGGGGUGGCUGACCUCAGCAGAGAUGUCCGAGGGGGCUACAGGAAGAUGGGACCCCAAAAUACGGAGGAUUACUGGAAAGUGAGGGAAGAUCUCUUACGAGAGGGUUUGCUCACAUCAGACAUGCAGCGGACACUCUUCAGGGAGUUCCGGUACCAGGAGGCCGAGGGGCCCCGCGAGGUCUGCAGCCGCCUCUGGUACCUCUGCCACCGGUGGCUGAAGCCUGAGAGACACACUAAAGAACAGAUCCUGGAGCUGGUGAUCCUGGAGCAGUUCCUGGCCAUCCUGCCCCUGGAGAUCCAAGGCUGGGUCAAAGGGGGUCAUCCUGAGACUUGCGAACAGGCGGUAGCGCUGGCUGAAGAUUUUCUGCUGAGGCGGCGUGAGGCUGAGCAGCUGGGACAGGAGGAACCAGGACCGGUCCAGGAGGCGGCUGUGAAUUUCCCCACCACGGAGCAACCUGCACCUGCCAGUGGAGAGAAGCAGUUGGGCAUCGAGGCUAAGACAGGGGGUGAUGGCGAGACCCGUGAAGACGGGAAUGACAUUUCAAUUUCACCACCUCUUCCACUAGGAGAUGGGUGGAUGACAGAGAACAAAGAGGACACGCCUGCACGAGGAAAUCCUGAGCCCUUGGAGACGCAUGGAACCUCCUUGGAAAAAAAACCCUGGCACCAAGAGGAUGGAGAAACUUCUGCACGUCAGGCUGGCUCUCAGAGGGAAAGGGGAAACUACCUAGAUCCAAGAGUGGGUGUAUUCUUUCCUUACUUAGAAGAAGGCGGGGACUUGAACCAAACUAGAGUGGUAAAGAGAAGACGCAGAAGCCGGGGGGCAAAGGUCUGUACUGUAUGUGGAAGAAGUUUCAGCCGGACCACAGUUCUUGUUGCACAUCAAAGAACCCACACUGGAGAGAAGCCCUUCAUGUGCAAGGAUUGUGGGAAAUGCUUCAGCUUGAAAUCCACCCUGGUGGCGCACGAAAGGACCCACACGGGGGAGAGACCCUACACGUGCUCACAAUGUGGGAAAAGCUUCACGGUGAGUUCGGACCUUACUAGACACUACAGGAUCCAUAUUGGAGAGAAACCAUUUAACUGCUCGGAGUGUGACAAAAGCUUCAGUCGGAAAACGCAACUUCUCAACCAUCAUAAAGUACACACGAGAGAGAAGCCGUACAAAUGCUCACAGUGCGGGGAGAGCUUCAGCCGGAGCUCCAGCCUCAUGAUUCAUGAGGGCUCGCACACGGGAGAGAAGCCAUUUAAAUGUCCAGAUUGUGACAAAUCUUUCAACACCUCCUCUCAAUUGGUCAAACACCACCGUGUGCACACGGGAGAGAGGCCAUACACCUGUUCGGAAUGCGGGAAAAGCUUCAGCCAGAGGCAAAUCUUAAUGGUGCACCAGAGAAUCCACACAGGAGAGAAGCCCUUCAAAUGUGCCACCUGUGGGAAGUGCUUCUGUGACCGUGCUGUCCUCAUUAGGCACCAGAAAGUUCACACUGGGGAGAGGCCGCACCAAUGCACAACUUGUGGAAAGAGUUUUUCACACCGUGCCGUCCUCGUUCGGCAUCAGAAAAUCCACACAAGAGAAACUCUGGGCAUGCUUAGACUGGAGGAGGAGCAGCCUAACAAAGCCUUUUAAAAGCUUGGAUUUAUCCCAUGUUGCCUUGACUCUCAGGGUGGAUAGAGAUGCACCCAAGAUAGCCUACUGAGAUGCGCAUGAAUAAAAUUUGAGUCCAGUAGCUCCUUACAGACCAACAAAAUUUUCAGGGUAUCAUGAAUCAAAGCUCACUUCUUUAAAUACAAAUGAGAAUGAAGAUCGAUCAACUGUUUUAUCUAGGGCUGUUUUCACACACCCGAACCCUUUGGAAAAUUGCGCAAAAGUCACGGUGUGAAGCGUCUUCCUA